CUGUGAGCGCGCUACACGUGAUGGCUGACUAACAUUUGUUAUUCUUCUCCGCUUUCGUUGUAAUGGAUUUAACAGGCUGUAUAUCAAUACAGGCGCAUUAUAGAGCCACAUUAGGAUGAUAGGAUGUGUAUCAGUACAAUUUAGAAGCAGGUUAUAUUGUAGUUCUUCCUGGUUUAGACUCGUUUAACAGCUGGCACGAACUAGUCGCAGGACGGCUGGAGGAUGAUAAACUUUGUGCUGAUGGUGAACCAGCAGGGUCAGACCAGACUGUCCCGGUACUACCAGCCGGUGGAGCUGAGCAGGAGAGCGGCGCUGGAGGCCGACGCCGUUCGCUACUGUCUGAGCCGCAAGAAAGAGCAGUGUUCCUUCGUCGAGUACAAGGACUUCAAGCUGGUUUAUCGGCAGUACGCUGCUCUGUACAUUGUGGUGGGGAUCUCAGACAGCGAGAACGAGCUGUCCAUCUACGAGCUGAUUCAUAACUUUGUGGAGGUUUUGGAUAAAUACUUCAGUCGGGUGAGUGAACUGGAUAUCAUGUUUAACCUGGACUCCGUUCACAUCAUCCUCGACGAAAUGAUCCAGAAUGGUCGCAUCGUGGAGACCAACAAGAGCCGCAUCCUUGCGCCGCUCACGGCCAUCGACAAGAUGUCAGACGGAUGACGCCUGCAGCACUGAUGUCACAGACUAUUUCAGUCGGACCUGGACUCGACAGGUGUCUCCAGAUGUCAGACUGAAGAGGCAUGAAACCAGUGUCAGUCCAGAAUCUAGGUGUGAAUGCUGCUGCUGUACCAAUAAACUCAGACUGGUGACUCGGGUUUGUUUGUCGGCGAGACAGCUGAAACACUUCUCCUGGUUUUGGCUGCAGCAGCUCUCCUACUUUUCUCCUGGACCAUCCUUCCACGUGCAGGGACACAUCUAAAAUGUGGAGGCACGGCCCCCCAGGACCAGGAAUAAUAAUUAUGAUUGCCCAUCCUGUUCUACCGUUUGAUAUAAAUAUUGUAGUGUUUGUAGCACCACUUGUGACCACAUGGGAGCAGUAUAUCAAAAUAAAGUUUGUGCAUCGGACUCAAAUAAGACUUGAGAAGCCUGUGACGUAACCCACACACAUGCCUGAAGUGUGUUUUUGUAGGCUUUUCUUACUGCACAGCGUCAUGUUGGUAGGAACUGGCCUGGUUCAUCUGAAACAGGACAAACUGCUGGAUCAAGCAGGUCUGGAAGCAAACUGGACACUUUCACUCAGUUGUUAGUUUAUAUCAGUUUGGAUCAAAUCUGUUCAAACAUCAUUUGACGUGUUGCUGCUGAAACCCUAGACAUAUAUAUUAUAUACAUAUAGACAUGUCUUAAUGUCCAGUUUGUUUUACUCUUGUGAAGCACAGCAUUAUUCUUAGAUGUUAUUUUCAUUGGUUGUUAGUUGCCAGUAGGUGGCAGCAUUAGACCGCUGGUUGCAUUCUAGUAGUUCUGUGUGAGCAGGUCUGUGGUCCUCCUGUGGUCAGACGUGGUAUUAAACUGCUGGUUUUAAAAUUACAUCACAAAGUUUAAAAUUUAAGUUUUAAAGGAGCUUCAGGCAGGAUUUAUUAAAAAAAUUCGUAAACGUUUUAGUUUUCUAGUAAUAAUGUCAGAUGAAGCGUUCCAAACCAAAAUGAAUGAGCCCUCUAGCGUAUCUCUCCGUUGCCUUGAACAGGCUGUUGCUGCAAAAUGUUUAAUAUGUAAGAAUACAUAUACAAAAUAAAUCGUUUGAAAAUGAAUGCAUUUAGAAUGUUUUUAUUCCAAAAUAGUUUAAACUAGGUUUAUUAAAACAUGCUUCCAUCCACAGAUGACACGACUCAGUCUUGUCUUCAUACUUUGCAAACGUUUUAAUGAUUAUUUUUGG